GUAAGAGCUUGGAAUGGGCGUCGUACAUAAAUAUGGAGCGGGCAUCUAUGAAUUUCAGAAUCACUGUCACCAGGUGUGAGCAGUAGUCGGCUGGAACUUGACAUUUUACACCGGAUUGCGAUUCAAUAAAAUCUUUCGGAAUGAAUAAAGUAAUCUGCGUUAUUUUGCUCUCUACGGUGUGGAUCUAUUUCUGCGAAGGAGUGGACCCUUGCUGUGCACAACCAUGUGAAAAUAGGGGCUUCUGUAAUUCAAAAGGCUUCGACGACUAUGAGUGUGAAUGCACAAGAACUGGAUAUUAUGGAAAGAACUGCACAACUCCUGAAUUCCUAACAUGGAUAAAGAUAUCAUUGAAACCAGCUCCGAACACUGUGCACUACUUCCUUACACACUACAAAUGGGUGUGGAAUGUCAUCAACAAGAUCACUUUUGUGAGAAAUGCUAUCAUGAGCUAUGUCUUGACAUCCCGCUCACAUUUGGUGGACAGCCCACCGACUUACAAUGCUGAUUAUGGCUACAAGAGCUGGGAGGCUUACUCCAACCUGUCUUACUAUACACGGACCCUUCCUCCAUUGCCAAAGGGCUGUCCUACACCUAUGGGAACUGCAGGAAGAGCCGUGCUUCCAGAUGCCAAGCUUGUGGUGGAGAAGGUUAUGUUGAGGAAGCGGUUCAUUCCGGAUCCUCAGGGUUCCAAUCUCAUGUUCGCCUUCUUCGCCCAGCACUUCACCCACCAGUUCUUCAAAUCAGACUUCAAGAAAGGACCAGCUUUCACCAAAGCCUUGGGUCAUGGCGUGGACUUACACCAUGUCUAUGGAGACACUCUGGAGAGACAGCACAAGCUGAGGCAGUUCAAGGAUGGCAAACUGAAGUAUCAGGUUGUGAAUGGCGAGGUCUACCCCCCAUUGGUAAGGGAGGUUGGGGUAGAGAUGCACUAUCCACCCCUCGUGCCCGAGGAGCACCGCUUCGCUGUGGGCCACGAGCAUUUUGGCCUGGUCCCCGGCCUCAUGAUGUAUGCCACCAUCUGGCUGAGAGAGCACAACCGCGUCUGUGACGUCAUGAGGCAGGAGCAUCCCGAAUGGGACGACGAACGGAUUUUCCAGACCACACGCCUCAUCCUAAUUGGCGAGACCAUAAAGAUCGUGAUCGAGGACUACGUCCAGCACCUGAGCGGCUACCACUUCCAACUCAAGUUCGACCCGGAGCUCCUGUUCAACCAGCGCUUCCAGUACCAGAACCGUAUAGCAGCUGAGUUCAAUACCCUGUACCACUGGCACCCACUGAUGCCUGACACCUUCAACAUCGAGGGCCGCGUCUACACCUACCCCCAGUUUGUCUUCAACAACUCCCUGGUCACAGAGCACGGCAUCAACAACCUGGUGGAGUCCUUCACCAAGCAGAUCGCUGGAAGGGUAGCUGGUGGGCGUAACCUGCCUCCUGCAGUAGUGGGCGUGGCAGCUAAGGCCCUGGAGCACAGCAGAGACAUGCGUUACCAGUCCCUCAACGCCUACAGGAAACGCUUCAGCAUGAGGGCCUACUCCUCGUUCGAGGACCUCACAGGAGAGACAGAGCUGGCGGCAGAGCUGGAGAGUCUAUAUGGGGAAGUGGAUGCUGUGGAGCUGUACCCAGGCCUUCUCGUGGAGCGCCCCAGACCUAACUCUGUCUUCGGGGAGACUAUGAUCGAAAUGGGCUCCCCCUACUCCCUGAAAGGUCUCCUGGGAAACCCCAUUUGCUCGCCGGAAUACUGGAUGCCCAGCACGUUCGGAGGGAGUGCGGGAUUUGACAUCGUCAACACUGCUUCAUUGAAGAGGCUGGUGUGCAGCAAUGUCAAGGGUCCUUGUCCCAUGGUGUCUUUUCAAGUGCCAGAUAUUUUUAGAGUGUUUGAGCACGCGUCAGCCAACGCAAGCGAGACACACCCGAGUGACGUUAACCCAGGUGUUCUGCUGAAAGAAAGGACUUCAGAGCUUUAAAGAACUAAAGCAAUAGGUUUUAUUCAAAUACACUUAGCACUGUCUAGUGUUCUAAAGUUGCUCUCAUUUUAGGUUGUUUUGCUUUAUUUAAGAUUUUGUUGUGAUAUUUGUGAGCAAAAAUGCUUGAUUUUGCUGCAGCCAUUAUGACAUUUAGCACAGCAAUAUGCAAUGAUUUUGUCCAAUUUGUUGCGAAACUGCGCUGACGAGUGAGCACAUUUAUUGACGUUUGGCUUGAUUGAACCAUAUUAUGCGGUAAAUGUGCAGUGAUUAGUUGAAAUUGCCAGCCCUCUUUUUGUACUGCAGUGAUGGGUAAUUUGUACGCGAUAAUAUUUCGAUGAUUUGACUGUUUUAUGCGGAACUGUGUGGUGAUUGGUCAAAUUUGCUAGUCCUUGCAUAAUAUGCAGGGAAUUGUUGAUUUAAAAUAUUAUAAUUUGCCAUCACGGAAUCCUCAAGGGACUUUUUUAGUUAUUUAUUGUUGAUUAAUUUAUGUAUUUAAUAUUUAUUACUGUAUUGUUGAUUAUUGAGUUGUGAUUAAGUUAUUUAGUCAUGAUUAUGUUUUUAAAUAUGAAAACCUGUUACUAAUGUGUAAUGCUUAACAUGAACAAAAGUAAGUUAGUUUUCUCUGUAUACACUGUGAAACUUGAAGGAGUUACAUUGGGCGGCAGGUUGCUUAGCGGUUAAGAGCGUUGGGCCAGUAACCGAAAGGUCGCUGGUUCGAGUCCCUGAGCUAGCAAGGUGGAAA